CACUUCCGUCUCAUCUGCUGACGACUUUGGUGCGCACCGGAAGUGCCUGUACAGCCGAUGUGGUGCUGCUUGACUGCGGUUUUGAUCGCUGUCUCUUGUUCCCUCGGCUGGGUAUUUGCGUCGCACCAUGGCGCCCAAAGGCAAAGUGGGCACGAGAGGGAAGAAACAGAUAUUUGAAGAAAAUAGAGAGACCCUGAAGUUCUACCUGCGGAUCAUACUGGGGGCCAAUGCCAUUUACUGCCUUGUGACCUUGGUCUUCUUCUACUCAUCUGCUUCAUUUUGGGCCUGGAUGGCUCUGGGCUUUAGUCUGGCAGUAUAUGGGGCCAGCUACCACUCCAUGAGCUCGAUGGCGCGGGCAGCCUUCUCUGAGGAUGGGGCCCUAAUGGAUGGUGGCAUGGACCUCAACAUGGAGCAGGGCAUGGCAGAACACCUUAAGGAUGUGAUCCUACUGACAGCCAUCGUGCAAGUGCUCAGCUGCUUCUCCCUCUACAUCUGGUCCUUCUGGCUUCUGGCUCCAGGCCGAGCCCUUUAUCUCCUGUGGGUGAAUGUGCUAGGCCCUUGGUUCACGGCAGACAGUGGCACCCCAGCACCAGAGCACAAUGAGAAACGGCAGCGCCGACAGGAGCGGCGGCAGAUGAAGCGGUUAUAGCCAUUGGCAUUGUGGCCACAGGCUGCUGGACCUUGGGCAGCUCUAUUAGGCUGCCUGGCCCCCAAUGCCAGGAGCAGUGAGGGCCUUGUCCAGGCGCCAGAGUGUUCUGGGGUAUAGGAUUGUUGAAUAAAUGGCUUAGA